AUGUGGAGCACAAAACAAGAAUGUGUUACUUUUGUGCAAAGAAAAGUCCCGAGAAAAAGAAUCAAAGCUGUAGCAUUUUUUGACGCUAGUUCACAACUUUCCUUUAUUACAAGCAAAUUAGCGGAACGUCUUGGUCUUCCAGGUGAAAGAGAAAAGGAAUUAAACAUAGCUUCACUCGGUAGCAAACAUCCUUUUACAUGUCGGGUGAGGAAAACGAAAGUAGGGAUUGACACAACGGAUAAAGACGUCUGUGUGCUCAAUGUAAAUGCAAUCGAUUAUUUGACUAAUAAAUUGCAAAUAAUUUGUAUCACUGACGAAGAAGCAGACGAGGUAGCUUGGAAAACUCAACUUUACGGGUUACAACAGAAGUGGGAAGAACCAGAGUUACUUGUGGGGGCGGAUUUCUUUAAGUUCAUUGAACCUAACAAAUCUCGCGAAAAUAGAAAAAGAUCUUGCGUGUUCUGCAAAGGCAAUCGUUGGGAUCAUCAGUGUCAAAAUUAUUCAACGGUAGCAGAGCGGAUUACUCGUUUGCGUAAGUUGAAAGCAAGUUUUAAUUGUUUUAAAAAUGGGCAUUUUACUCAAGAAUGCAGAGCAGAGAAAAAACAAUGCUUUUAUUGCCGAUUAAGUCAUAAUAGUGCUGGGUGUGAAUCAUUCAGUCAUAGAAGGGAGUUAAAACAAAUGAAAACAAAUUCUAAAGGAAAAAAAAAUGAACAAACAACAUCGUGUAACACAAUAGCCGAAUGUGGAGCACAAAACAAGAAUGUGUUACUUUUGUGCAAAGAAGCAACCCUAAUAAAUCCAGAAGUCCCGCGAAAAUGA